AUGGGUCGCGCAAAGCCAAUUGCCCAAAAUCUCCUAGCCGACCUCCCGACUGAUGCUGAUGCUGUACCAACCCAACCAAUGCCCCCACCGAAGCCAAGAAGAAUGAAGAAGGACCAGCCUAAGGCCAAGGCUACUGAGGUUGAGGCUGAGGAUACUUUGCCUAUCUCAAAACUGGCUGAGAGUAAGAAGACUUCUUCUGCUCCUUCAAAAAGGUCUGCCGAGACCCAGCCCUCUGAAUUCACCCAAUCAAAGAAGCCGAGGUCUUCUUCAGCUACUACUUCGGGGUCAAAGAAACCCGAUGUCCCCUGGGCCCCAAAGUUGACUUUUGAGGAUAGGCUAAUUAUGUCAACUGAGAGUGCCGACGACAUUAAUGUCGGUGUCGCCCUCAGCACUGCUCUUCUUCUUCCAAACGAUCUGGAACAAAAUGCUGGGUACAGCGAGUAUGAAAACUACGCGCUAAUGCUCCAACACUCCGUUCAAAGGGAGGUUUCUGCCCUCAAAAAGGAGAACAAAGCUAUUUUGAUAAAGAUGAAGAAGCUGGAAGAUCAGGCCGAGGUUGCCACUAAGGCCCAACAGAUGGCCGAAGAAAAAGCGGAGUCUGCUGAAGCCAUCAAAAAAGUUGCCGAGGCCGAGAAGAAAGAUGCCGAGGUAAAAAAGACUCAAGCCGAAAAAGAGCUCAAGCAGGCCCUGGCCACUAAAAAUGCCGAAAUUACUGAAGCCGAUGAAAAAGCUUAUGCCCAAGGAAUGGCCGAUGUUGCUGAGGACUACAAACUGCAAGCUGAAGCUAUUCCUCUCCCAUUCCCUCCUCCUGCUCCAUCUUCAAGUCAAGCUGAAGAUGAGGCAGAAUCUAAGGCUGAGGAUGAAGAUAAUAAUGAAGAUGAGGCCUUGGGUGAUGAGAUUGGGGAGGCGCCUGGGGAAGUUGCUACAGGGAUAUUAUCAUCCGACCUCCUUUUGGCUGAAAGAAGUCUUGACAAAACGCUUUCAGAGAUUGAUGCUGAGCUUGAGGCAGAAAAGAUUGCUGAGGAGGUUCCACCAGAAUCUUCCGAGGUCCAUGCCCAAAUUGCUCAUGAAAUUAAAGAAUCAUAA